UUUAUAAAUGCCAACUUUUGCGUGAGGCCCCAGUAUCUUUGGUAGAGAUAUGCGGCAUCUCACUGCCUGCACAGUAGAGGGCGAUAAAGUGUUUUCUGAUUUACAUACAGUAAAAAAUAAAAAAAAGCAGUCCCCGUUGUCGCAUGUUGAUGACGUCAGGAAUGAAAAAUAUUCGACAACAUGGAGAAGAAACAUGUGUCAGCUUUUGAAUUGUACCAAAAUGCGCUAAUAGAAUCGACUCCUGAAGUUAAACCAUCAUCUGUGCAGGUACUUGGGAUUAAGUUAUUACUGGUGUUUGCCCCUUGCAAUUUCAGAUAGUUUUUGUAAAAGUGACUUUACAGUGUCUUGUUUUGUUAGGCAGGCACACAAAUCAACCUGGUUGACAAAUCAACUGAAGAAAGCUAACUAACUGAUGUAUUGUGAAGUGGGCUUGUUGAAUAAUGUGCAUUUAAAGACCAUCUGUUGAAUCUACUUUUGCAAUGUGCAUCUGAUUGCCUGAAACUAUUUCAAACUGACUGCCUCAGCCUACUGGAUGAUUUUCUAGGUUACAGCAAAGAAGAAGAAGAAGAAGCAGAAGGAAAAUGGUAUCCAGACCCCCAAAUCCAUCAAAAGGGUCAAAAGGAAACCGAUGGUCAAGCAGGUCAUCAAAUCGGCACAGAGAGAGGAGAGGUUGGAGAGACUUGAAGAGGUUAGUUUGUACAAUCAGGUCACUCCCUCUAUAUUGAAGCCACUUGUUCACAUACUGUAACUGUUUGACUGUGGUUCUCUAGCCAUACCUGUCAUUGUCUUUCUGUAUGCAGGAGGUGCAGUGUGAAGAGAAAAGUGGAGAGGCACUAGAGGCUCUGCUGAGUGACCUGGCUAAAGUCAGCAACAGCCGAGAGAGGGCCAGCAAACUGUUCCAGUGGCUCAUCCACCCCAUUCCUGCCAAGAGCUUCUUCAGGUACUGAUGCCUGUGUAGUUUUUGUUUUCACAGUACAGUCAUGUACUAGAUUGCACAGGGAGAUAUCCUUUGUUAAAUUUAUUGACUUCCUCCAUCUUAGGGAUACAUGGGAAAAGAAGCCAGUUUUGAUCAAACGUCAGAAUCCAGACUACUACAAGGGACUGUUCUCCACAGCAGAGUUUGAUUGCAUUUUAAAACAGGUAAGGUGUCAUGUCUAGCUAGACAUCUUCUGUUUUUGUGUUGGUGUCAUUUUUGUUGAUCAGAUAAGGUUAAUGUUGCUAUGGACAUUUCCAGGAUGAUGUUCAGUAUGGAGUGAACCUGGAUGUCACCAGCUACACAAACGGCAAAAGAGAGACACACAAUCCUCCAGGGAGGGCUCUUCCUUUUACUGUAUGGGCCUUCUAUGAGGUAAAAGCCAAAUGAAAGUCUCCUGAUUCCCAGUUUUUAUUUACUAAGUGUGAGCAAGUGUUGGUUAAAAUCUAGAUCAUACCAAUAUCUGUGUAACAUGUUGUAGUUGGAAGUUCUUAGUACCUCAUAAUAUUGAAACCUAACCUGGUAUGUUCCAUGUCAUCCAUGUGUAGUGUGUCUAGCUCAGUUGGUAGAGCGUGACGCCAGUAUAGUGGGUUGGAUUCCCGGGACUAAAAUGUGUGCAUGCGUGACUAAGUCGCUUUGGUAAAAGCGUCUGCUUAAAGGCUUAUUAUUAUUAUUAUCAUUAUAUAUUCUAUAUUAUCCACAGAGUGGUUGCUCCCUGCGUAUGCUGAACCCCCAGGCCUUCUCCUCCACUGUGUGGACUGUGCUGUCUAUCCUCCAGGAGCAGUUUGGUAGCAUGGCAGGAGCCAACGUGUGAGCGACCCUCUCUGACAAUCUCUGACCAGUGAGAUGCUCUCACACAACAUUGAGGGCUCUAUUUUCGGCUUGCGUUAAGCCAGUGCAAUUGUCAAACUCGCACUCGUUUGACAUUUCGACCUGUUAAAGCUGUGUUCUUCUGUAUUCAAACCCUAGCGGCAGGAUUGGUAAUGUAUCUGUCUUAUAUGAGCUCGCUUAUGGGAGGGGUGGCAAUAUCUGAGGUGUGUCCUUAAAAAAUGUGCGCCAAGGUGCCAAUUUCAGGCAAUGCUGGGGAUAUUUAAGACCAACCAAAAGCUGGUCUUAGCGGUAAAACGUUAGGUUAUGGUGUGGAUUCUGACAGUGGAAGCGCAGCCUAUCCAGCCGUGACGCACAGUGCCCAUAAAAACCAAUGAAGGCUGUUUUUUUGGUAAUGCCCAAUGCAUUCACCAAGUAGUCAAGACUAUCAUGAAGGGUUUGGCUCAUGAGACCGCUUUGAAGUGAACCUUUAUCACCAAAGCUUUAUUAAAAGAUCAAGUUUGGGAGCAUCCACUUUUUAUCUAUGUAGGCUAUAUUACAUUAUUUUAGCCAGCUCCUGUUAUUAUUUUGGAACGAGAGAUGAGAUGAUCCGGUGACACUCGUAUUUAGAAAAAUGUAAGUUAUUUUCCUGUAACAGUUGCUUGUUUUCUGUUUCGUUUGAUUAAAAAAACAAUCCCAUAUAGUCUACCCUUACCCUACUAUAAUGACCCCUUACCCUGCUAUAAUGAAAGCUGGUACAACAGCAAUGUGUCUGGAGUCUUUGUUAUCCUGGCCAUGCAUUAGCCAAGGAGCCUAUCCAUAAAACGUUUCUAAAUGGUCUACUCGUGAGGCUUUUGCCGUCAAGCUUUUUCAUUAUUCACAUAGGCCUACCGGCAGUGCAUACUCCAUUCGGCUUGUAUCCAUCCCCAUUUCCACAGAGUGCCUCUUGUCCGCUUACCAAAGACUCUCCUCAUUUUCCAGCCCUAUAACGCCAUAUCAACGGUAGGCCUAGGCUGUAUCUUGCUUAUUGAGAACGUGCCUCACACAUAAAAUACAAUUUACGGGAGCCUAGCAAAGGCCUAUACUCAUUGAAGCCAAUUACAACAAUGUUGGCUGUCAACACUCAACAUACUGAGCAAACACUGGAUGUAUUUUACUGUUGCUAUCACUUGUUACUGUAGCCUAUGCUAUUUAAUAAACUGUAUCAAUCCACAAUGGACUAGGAAGAGAAUAUUCAGUGCCCUCAGCCGGAUUGGAGUUGAUGACAAUGCAAAGACCGUCAAUAACAACCAGAACUUAAGACAACAGCAUGCACUAUUCUGUUGUAUUCUUACCACAUGCUGAAUGCUGAUGCACCUCCUCAUAUGACAUAUCAGUAAAAAGUAGUUUUUUAUCCCCAGGUAUCUGACACCUCCAGGAACACAGGGCUUUGCUCCACAUUAUGAUGACAUCGAGGCCUUUGUGGUUCAGCUGGAAGGGAAGAAGCACUGGAGAGUUUACAACCCCAGGUGACUGAGUUAUUAACAGUCUAAAUCUAGUUUAUAAAAUUCCCCAAAAGGUGAUCAGCACCUAGUGCAUGCAUCAAACCAUUUUGAACAACAUUCAUAUCACUAAACUCUGCUGAGAAACUAAUUCUGUAUAUUUUGUGGGACGUUUGUUUCCUGUCACCUUUUAGGUCACAAGAUGAGGUCUUGCCUGUCGUUUCCAGUCGUAAGUAUUCCUUUGUCCACCCUUUUGCCUAUAAAUAGACUAUAAGCACGACAGAUCACUUCCCAGUCCCCUGUGCCUCAGCCUCAUCCCUUACAGAUGGUUUGGUAUUCCUCCUCCUCCAGCUAACUUCAGCCAGUCAGAGAUUGGGAAGCCCAUCCUGGAGGUGGUCCUGGAGGCUGGGGAUCUCCUCUACUUCCCCCGAGGGUUUAUCCACCAGGGGGACUGCCUGCCGGAUGCUCACUCCCUCCACAUCACUGUCUCAUCUUACCAGAGGAACAGCUGGGGAAACCUACUGGCAAAGGUUUGUUAUCAAUCCUCUGCUUUCCUUGUAUGUGACACUGUCUAGUUCUUUGUCUCAUUUUGUAUCAACUUUGUGAUGUACACUACCGGUCAAAAGUUUUAGAACACCUACUCAUUCAAGGGUUUUUCUUAUUUAAAAAAAAAAAUAUUUUCUACAUUGUAGAAUAAUAGUGAAGACAUCAAAACUAUGAAAUAACACAUAUGGAAUCAUGUAGUAACAAAAAAGUGUUAAACAAAUUCUUCAAAUAGCACACUUUUGGCAUUCUCUCAACCAGCUUCAUGAGGUAGUCACCUGGAAUGCAUUUCAAUUAACAGGUGUGCCUUCUUAAAGGUUAAUUUGUGGAAUUUAUUUCCUUCUUAAUGUGUUUGAGCCAAUCAGUUGUGUUGUGACAAGGUAGGGGUGGUAUACAGAAGAUAGCCCUAUUUGGUAAAAGACCAUGUCCAUAUUAUGGCAAGAACAGCUUAAAUAAGCAAAGAGAAACAACAGUCCAUCAUUACUUUAAGAAAUGAAGGUCAGUCAAUACGGAACAUUUCAAGAACUUUGAAAGUUAAGUGCAGUCGCAAAAAACAUAAAGCGCUAUGAUGAAACUGGCUCUCAUGAGGACCGCCACAGGAAUGGAAGACCCAGAGUUACCUCUGCUGCAGAGGAUAAGUUCAUUAGAGUUACCAGCCUCAGAAAUUGCAGCCCAAAUAAAUGCUUCACAGAGUUAAAGUAACAGACACAUCUCAACAUCAACUGUUCACUGUUCAGAGGAGACUGUGUGAAUCAGGCCUUCAUGGUCGAAUUGCUGCAAAGAAACAACUACUAAAGGACACCAAUAAUAAGAAGAGACCUGCUUGGGCCAAGAAACACGAGCAAUGGACAUUAGACCGGUGGAAAUGUGUCCUUUGGUCUGGAGUCCAAAUUUGAGAUUUUUGGUUCCAACCUCCGUGUCUUUGUGAGACGCGGUAUGGGUGAACGGAUGAUCUCAUGUGUAUUUCCCACCGUAAAGCAUGGAGGAGGAGGUGUUAUGGUGUGGGGGUGCUUUGCUGGUGACACUGUCUGUGAAUUAUUUAGAAUUCAAGGCACACUUAACCAGCCUGGCUACCACAGCAUUGUGCAGGGAUACGCCAUCACAUCUGGUUUGGGCUUAGUGGGACUAUCAUUUGUUUUUCAACAGGACAAUGACCCAACACACCGCCAGGCUGUGUAAGGGCUAUUUUACCAAGAAGGAGAGUGAUGGAGUGCUGCAUCAGAUGAUUUGGCCUCCACAAUCCCCUGACCUCAACCAAAUUGAGAUGCUUUGGGAAGAGUCGGAACGCAGAGUGAAGGAAAAGCAGCCAACAAGUGCUCAGCACAUGUGGGAACUCCUUCAAGACUGUUGGAAAAGCAUUCCAGGUGAAGCUGGUUGAGAGAAUGCCAAGAGUGUGCAAAGCUUUCAUCAAGGCAAAGGUGGCUAUUUGAAGAAUAGCACCCCAAUGGUGGAACAAGCUCCCUCACGACGCCAGGACAGCGGAGUCACUCACCACCUUCCGGAGACACUUGAAACCCCACCUCUUUUAAGGAAUACCUGGGAUAGGAUAAAGUAAUCCUUCUACCCCCCCGUACCCCACCCCAAAGAGGAAGAAACAUUUUUUUAAAUAUAUAUUUGUAAAGUGGUUGUCCCACUGGCUAUCAUAAGGUGAAUGCACCAAUUUGUAAGUCGCUCUGGAUAAGAGCGUCUGCUAAAUGACGAAAAUGUAAAUGUAAAAUGUAAUCUCAAAUAUAAAAUAUAUUUUGAUUUGAUUUUUGGUUACUACAUGAUUCCAUAUGUGUUAUUUCAUAGUUUUGACGUCUUCACUAUUAUUCUACAAUGUAGAAAAUAGUAAAAAUAAAGAAAAACACUUAAAUGAGUAGGUGUUCCAAAACUUUUGACCGGUAGUGUAGAUUGGGCAUGGAUCAAUUUACACUUGAGUAAAAGGUACAGUAUUGAAUGAUAUACAAUGUCAUGUCUAUACAACAUGCAUGUACUUGGAAGUAUAGGCUUGUGUUGUGUUUGAUGCAGAACAUGAUCUCUUUGACAGGUGGUCCCAGCAGCCCUAGAGAUGGCCAUGGAGGAGGAUGUGGACUUCAGACGAGGCCUGCCUGUGGAUUACCUGACCUACAUGGGGGUGCAGAACUCAGACAAGGUACUUCAGACACUACCGUUUACUUUCUCUGGUGUCCAAUUGACCUCUGAGCACCCACUCUCAACAGGGGUGUGUCAGAAGGGUGAAACAUUCAGAACGUUGAAGAUGUAACGGAUAGAGCUGACACCAUUGCCUAUUCCCCAUGGCAAGGAAGAAUGUCUGUUCUACACUAUAUACAGUGGGGAGAACAAGUAUUUGAUACACUGCUGAUUUUGCAGGUUUUCCUACUUACAAAGCAUGUAGAGGUCUGUAAUUGUUAUCAUAGGUACACUUCAACUGUGAGAGACGGAAUCUAAAAUAAAAAUCCAGAAAAUCACAUUGUAUGAUUUUUUAGUAAUUACAUUUUUUUUUUAUUGCAAGACAUAAGUAUUUGAUCACCUACCAACCAUUAAGAAAUCCGGCUCUCACAGACCUGUUAGUUUUUCGUUAAGAAGCCCUCCUGUUCUCCACUCAUUACCUGUAUUAACUGCACCUGUUUGAACUCGUUACCUGUAUAAAAGACACCUGUCCACACACUCAAUCAAACAGACUCCAACCUCUCCACAAUGGCCAAGACCAGAGAGCUGUGUAAGGACAUCAGGGAUAAAAUUGUAGACCUGCACAAGGCUGGGAUGGGCUACAGGACAAUAGGCAAGCAGCUUGGUGAGAAGGCAACAACUGUUGGCGCAAUUAUUAGAAAAUGGAAGAAGUUCAAGAUGACGUCAAUCACCCUCGGUCUGGGGCUCCAUGCAAGAUCUCACCUCGUGAGGCAUCAAUGAUCAUGAGGAAGGUGAGGGAUCAGCCCAGAACUACACGGCAGGACCUGGUCAAUGACCUGAAGAGAGCUGGGACCACAGUCUCAAAGAAAACCAUUAGUAACACACUACGCCGUCAUGGAUUAAAAUCCUGCAGCGCACGCAAGGUCCCCCUGCUCAAGCCAGCGCAUGUCCAGGCCCGUCUGAAGUUUGCCAAUGACCAUCUGGAUGAUCCAGAGGAGGAAUGGGAGAAGGUCAUGUGGUCUGAUGAGACAAAAAUAUAGCUUUUUGGUCUAAACUCCACUCGCCGUGUUUGGAGGAAGAAGAAGGAUGAGUACAACCCCAAGAACACCAUCCCAACCGUGAAGCAUGGAGGUGGAAACAUCAUUCUUUGGGGAUGCUUUUCUGCAAAGGGGACAGGACGACUGCACCGUAUUGAGGGGAGGAUGGAUGGGGCCAUGUAUCGCGAGAUCUUGGCCAACAACCUCCUUCCCUCAGUAAGAGCAUUGAAGAUGUGUCGUGGCUGGGUCUUCCAGCAUGACAACGACCCAAAACACACAGCCAGGGCAACUAAGGAGUGGCUCCGUAAGAAGUAUCACAAGGUCCUGGAGUGGCCUAGCCAGUCUCCAGACCUGAACCCAAUAGAACAUCUUUGGAGGGAGCUGAAAGUCCGUAUUGCCCAGCGACAGCCCCGAAACCUGAAGGAUCUGGAGAAGGUCUGUAUGGAGGAGUGGGCCAAAAUCCCUGCUGCAGUGUGUGCAAACCUGGUCAAGACCUACAGGAAACGUAUGAUCUCUGUAAUUGCAAACAAAGGUUUCUGUACCAAAUAUUAAAUUCUGCUUUUCUGAUGUAUCAAAUACUUAUGUCAUGCAAAAAAAUGCAAAUUAAUUACUUAAAAAUCAUACAAUGUGAUUUUCUGGAUUUUUGUUUUAGAUUCUGUCUCUCACAGUUGAAGUGUACCUAUGAUAAAAAUUACAGACCUCUACAUGCUUUGUAAGUAGGAAAACCUGCAAAAUCGGCAGUGUAUCAAAUACUUGUUCUCCCCACUGUGUGUGUGUGUAUAUAUAUAUAUAUAUAUGAAUGAACAUUCUCUGUAACGUUGCACCAUCUUGAAAGCCCUUGGUCUACCUGUGUGUGUAUAGGAGGAUCCACGCAGGGCGCAGUUCCUAUCCAGAAUAGAAGGGCUGAUGAAGAAGCUAGUAACCUUUGCCCCUGUGGAUGCUGCUGUUGAUCAGAAAGCUAGGGACUUCUUCCACGACUGUCUACCCCCAAUGCUCACCGCAGGUACCACAUAUCUUCUCCGCCCCCCCCCCCCCCCCCAAACAAAAAGGAACUCAGUCCGGCUUUGAAGUUACUCUUGAAAGUUGUAAUAGUAGAAUGCACAAGGUGCAAUUUUGAAAUUGGGUAGUGCAUCAUCAGUUUCUCCUGUCAUGAUUCAAAUAACCAACUCAUCAUAAUGCUUUGAUUUUUUUGAAUCAGCUGUGUAGUGCUAGGGCAAAAACCAAAAUGUGGCCCCAGGGCCAAGUUUGGGAAACCCUGCUCUAGACCGCCAUGUGGUCAGUGUAACUGAUUCUAGUGAUCAUCCACAGAGGAGCGGGCCAGCAGUGUCCAGGGAGCUCAUUCCAGGUGGGAGGACGGAGAGGCUGUGGAUGUUGGUGUGACCAUCAGGGGCCAGACCAGAGUCAGACUCAUCCGUUCUGGAAUCGCCAGGUAGAUCUCAGACAUGCAAUAGCCCAUGACUUACAAAAGCAUAGCUCUUACAAAAACGUUUCCAGAAAUGACCUUGACUUUUCUUUGUGCUGCUGCAGGUUAUGCAGUGAUGGAGAAGCAGUUUGGCUUUACUACACUGCAGACAACUCCAGAGUCUACCACAAAGAGGAGCCCAAGAGCAUUGAAAUAAAAACAGAGGUAUGAAUGAUUGGGAUCUGUAAUUGCCUUGCUACUAUAGCAGUGACGUGUGCCUGCCUGAGAUGCUGCACUGCAGUGAUGGCCUUUGUGUUCAACAUGAUGUAACUCUUUCAGCAAACAGACGGCAUGGAGUUUCUGAUCCAUGCGUAUCCAAAGUUUGUGACAGUGGGCAGCUUGCCAUGCGAGUCGGCUGAGGACAAGGUAUGUUUAUCAACAUGUUAUGCAACAUUGCUAAAACACGUACGCUGUCUUCUGCAUAAAGUCCAGCCACAUCUGUAUGCCAGUAGUGUAGAUAUUUGGAUGGUCGAGUUUUUAUGCUAUUCAGUGCUUGGGUCUGCACUGCAGUUUUCUUAGAUGUAAUUCUGUGCUCUCUUCCAGGUGUCCUUGGCCGAGCUGCUGUUUGAGAAAGGGCUUAUUCACACUGCAGAACCUCUGCAGCGAUCCUGAAUCAUGAAGGGACUCUAAUACAAGUUUCACAAGAAAUAUCUGCUGCACCAGCAUCAUUCACCUCGCACUACGUGUAGGAAUAAUUGUUAUCUGAUUUUAGGACAGCAGUCGAAUUAACUUGAGUAGUGCAUCAGCAUUGCCCUCUACAACUAACUCAUCUAGACUCUUCAGAAACAAUGGUGCAAUGCUGGAACGCAAUGAUCAAUCAAAAGUAAUAGGUCUGUAAUGUUACCCUUUACUUGUUCAGUAAGUAUUGAAUUAAAACCGUCUUGCAUAUUGGUGUGUAAAUCAAUCCUAGUGUGUGUGUGUUGCUAAUGGAAGUACAUUGUAAUAGAAAUGUCCAACUUCACAUUAUCGCUACAAUUGUGUAUACUUCAUCACACAAAUGAUUGACUGGAUGACAAAGGGACAUAUUUAUUGGUCGAUACAACCCUUAAAGAUACAGAAACUUCUUAUCGGCAUACUUGAUUUGAAGACCAUCCAGAAAACAUCAUUCACACAACAGAAGAUGUGACUUGGGCACAAUAAAUAUUCCAGGUGAUGGGUGGGUCUACUCCCAGGUGACUUCCUCACCUGGCUUCAGCUCCCU